UUCUCGUUCAAUCACGGAGACUUACUUACACAUGCGGAUCCAAGUUUGAUUUAGAGAUCACCGACAUCAACCAGGUUGGUAAGAUGAUGUUGGAGUUUGGUGUGUGCUGAUAGGAGACGAGCAGGCAUAUGCUCUCGAGUGUCGUGGUAAGAUUCUCCCGCACAAGUAAUUUGCUGUUAGCUACUGAAACAUGACAAGCUGGAGAUGGUAGCUUGGAUUCUUGGUGUCUCCUGUGAACCAAAGGUUGACACCAAACCUGUUAUCCUUCCAUCCCUCUUCAUCAGUUGCCACACAAUCGAAUGAUCUUCUCGGAACUCAAAGAGAAACAAUGGCUGAAUCCGCUUCAGCAGCAAACCAGCCUUGCCAUACCCGCUCCAUCAGCUUGCCCUCGAGAUCUCACUCUGCUGCACUCAGGGUAGAAGAAGAGCUGCACAAGUUAAGAUCUUCUAUGGCUUCACCCUCUUCGACGCCGGAGAAGAUGUGCGACGGGUUGAGGCGGCUCGAAGGCGUGUACGAGUCCGUCAACCAGCAGAUCCUCAUCCAUCCACUGCAAAGGAGAUGGGCGGAAGAAGAAACGGAUGGGUGUAUCAGAUUGUUGGACGUGUGCAGCGCAGUGAAGGAUCGCUUGACUGCA